AUGGCUUCACCUGUUGACGAGAACCGUGAAACGAACCCGCUCAAUGAGAAGGCACGCGUUCGGAAUAACAGUUCUUCAGAGGACGGCACAGUGGUGAAUGAUAGCUCACAACCUCCAAAUUCGACAACCGAUCAUCUGGCUGUCCAUAUCGACCCGGAGCAGGAAUCAAACCUCCCGUUCUCCUCACCGUCCCAAAGGUUGCACAAGAGGGAAUUGGCCCACCGUCUAGAUGACGAAUUGGCCUUGAUGGAGGCAGAGCGUGUUGUGUCGAAUGAGGAAAAGCUCUCUUGCCGUGAGAAACCUGGCCGCACCUUGUCCAUCACUCCCACACGCUCCCGACGUUCGGAACCCGUCGACGAAUUCGACGCUGCAACAAACCCUCUACAUGAACAUGCCGCCAUCUACAACCCGCCCGAAAAUCCCUCGACGAGUCUGGCAAAGUUUUUCAAAAAGGUCCAUGAGUCUAGUUUCCUAGUCCGCUACUUCACCUACAUCACUCCACUCGUCUUGAUCCUUCUAAUCCCGCUGUUGGUCGGCUUGCUCGCUUUUCCGGAUGCCAAUGUUGGAGGUGUGCGAUUGCUAUGGUUCUCCGUCUGGCUGGAGAUCGUCUGGCUCACUCUUUGGGCCGGUCGUAUUGUUGCUAAAUUUCUUCCUAUCCCCAUGGGCCUGGUCGCCAGCGUCCUCACCAACAACUCGAAAAAGUGGCGUGAUAUGGGGAAGCAGCUUGAACUUCCUGCCACCCUUUUCUUCUGGUGGCUCGGAAUCGAAAUCUCCUUCUUACCAACCAUGACCAAUCACCAUAUCGACGGCAGCCGCGGGACGAAGUCUUGGGAGGUCGUCGUUAACAAAAUUAUCGUUUCGGUCUUCGUCGGCGCGACUCUCAAUUUUAUCGAGAAAAUCAUCAUUCAAUUGAUCGCAAUAAGCUUCCAUCUACGCACGUAUGCUGAUCGAAUCGAAAUCAACAAAUUCCAGAUCGGGAGCAUGGCCAAGCUAUACGCUUACUCAAAGGAAAAGAUUAAAAUGGAAGAUUGUGACUUCGAGGAAUCCCCGCAACAGACUUCCGGAAUGAGAACCCCAAUGCAAUACGCUGGUGUGGCCCAGCGGGUUGCCCGAACUGCAUUGAGCAGGGUUGGGGACGUAGCUGGAGCUGUCGCAGGUGACUUCACCGGCAAAAAGGUGGCAAGAAGCAACCACCCUCACCAAGUCGUUUUAACGCUCUUAAGCACCACGUCUGGCAGCCAGGUUCUUGCCCGCCGUAUGUAUCGGACUUUUGUCCGCGACGGAUUCGAUACCAUCUUCUCUGGGGACCUGAAAGCGGCCAUUGACAAUAGUGACGAAGCGGAAGCUGCCUUCACCAUGUUUGAUAAGGAUAUGAAUGGUGAUAUAUCUAUGGAAGAACUGGAGGCCGUCUGCGUGGAAAUCGGCCGGGAGCGCAAGUCCAUCACGGCAUCUCUGAAGGAUCUGGAUUCUGUGGUUUCCAAGCUUGAUAAUGUUUUUGUCUUCAUCGUUAUUGUGAUUACCAUCCUUGUGUUUUUGUCCCUCAUUUCUGCGUCCACGGCCGGUGUCUUGACUUCGGCGGGUUCCACGCUGCUGGCCCUCUCCUGGCUUUUUUCUGCUACAGCUCAGGAGUUUCUGCAGUCUAUCGUAUUCGUUUUCAUCAAGCACCCGUUUGAUGUCGGUGAUCGUGUUUCUAUAUAUGGAAAUACUGGCGCAACUUUAACUGGUGAUGACUAUUUUGUGAAAGAAAUUGCGCUGCUAUACACAGAAUUCAAGAAGAUGGAAGGGCACGUGGUGCAGGCACCCAACAGCUACCUCAACACUCUUUUUAUUCUGAACCAACGGCGAAGCGGUGCGCUUGCCGAAGCCGUUCCAAUCGUCAUCAAAUUCGGAACCACCAUUCAGCAAAUUGAUAGCCUCCGAUUACGCCUUACAGAAUUCGUACGGUCCGAGAACCGUGAAUAUCAAGGAAAAAUUCUCACCGAGCUGCGGCAGGUGACUGAAAAUUACUCCCUCACUCUCAAUGUGGUGUUCUUUUACAAAUCAAAUUGGCAAAACGAAUUGCUGCGUCUUCAGCGACGCAACAAGUUCAUCUGUGCUCUCAUGCUCGUCCUCCAGGAGGUGGGCAUCGAAGGACCGCGCAUGAACACGAUCGGCGCGAAGCAUGAUCUACCUUACCACGUCAACCACCAGGGAGUUCUACCCACCUAUAAUGACAGCACGAACGCACCCGGCCCUGGGCCCGGACGUUCCGGGCCCGAAACCGCAGAUCCACACAUGGCGUCGGAAUCCCGUGACGCACUGGGAGGUCUGGGCCGUGCCCACUCGACGGGUAUCGGUCAUCAUGCUUCCAUCCUCCGAAACCGCGCCGGAACGACCUCCAGCACACGUGGUCGUGGUGAAUCAGUGUCAAAACACGUCGACUUCUCCCUCGGAUUGUCCGAACUAAGAGCCGCAGACUCGAUGUCUGACGUCCACGACGACCGCCAAAGUAGCAAUCGGGUCAACCAGAUCAUCCGCAAUGCAAAUCGUGAAUCUGCAGAGCGCCGCCGUCGUGAACAAGACGAAGCAGAGGCUCAGCGCCGUCUCGACUCCCUUGAACAGUCCCGUUCCCACGCGACUACCCGCACCUCUAGUGAUUCCCAUCCCCCCUACCUCCCCAACCCCGCUACCCUAACCCCAACCCGUGGCAGCAUGUCGUCCUCCAUUCACCGCAACCACCUCUUCUCCCGAUUGGGAACCCGCUCUGUGAGUUCCAGAGAAGGCAGAGAUCGAUCCCGUAGUCGCUCUGGUGAUCCGGAAACGGCCGAAACAGAGCUUAUGGAACAGGGUCGCUACAAUCCAACUCGUCCCAAUGACUUUACUGACACGCCGGAACCGCGUCCAGACGGUGUUCCGUUGCGUAACCCGCAGGAUGAUAUUACUUCGGACCAGGGUCGAAGACUGCCGGCGGAUGAUAGAGGUUAG